CUCCUCCUCUUCCCUGUUUUUCUCCUCCGCUUUCAUUCCAAGAACCCUCCAGAGAUCCGACGGACCCCCCGCAACCCAACCGGAGCGCCAGACCCGACACACGUGACUGAGCUCCACUCCAAAAAAGAACCGCCAUGAAACUGGCUGCAGGAUGGGGACUGGUCAGCGCUCUGCUGGUCCUGAGAGUCCAGGCCGAUGUCACGACAGAAGAACUGUCCGAGAUCCAGAACCAGACUAUCCAGCUGGUGAUGGAGAAGUUACAUCAGAGGGAUCUACCGAACGGAUACAGGAUGACGUCCAUAGUGAAGUCAGUUGAGGAGUUGUAUUCUGCCGGGAUAUUCGUCAAUGUGGAGUUCCUGAUGAAAGAGACGUCAUGCCGCAAACAUGACUGGAGCAAACCGGACUGCAAGGUCGUAAAAAACGCAAAGACCUACAGCUGCUUUGGGUGUUUCAAGUUUGAAUACGACUCUCACACUGUUAUAUCUCAGGUUGAAGAAUGCAUCCUGCUGCGACACCUAAAUCCGGGACGUAAGACUCGGAGGAACACUCUGUGUAAGGAGGUGGAGAUGAAGGUCACUGGGAAGACGAUUGGGGUGUACAGCUUCCUGAGGAAGGAGUGAGAGGGCUCCAGUCUAGAGGUUGGAUGAGAAGAUCCUGAAUCCCGGAUAGUGGGGAAGAUCCCGUAUGCCCCUCCCCCGUCCUCCUCCUAUAAUCCUCUGUAUCUGUAUAUAGUAUAAGAGAACCUCCCUAUGAAUAUUGGGGUCACAGUCCAUAGCAGAGUGUGAUGUACGGAAGGUCACACUAUUGUAGGGUGGGAAUCAGAGACGUGACAAUGAGGCCACCAGAGAUCCAUCUUUGUGUCUAUGGAGAGCUGAAAUCAGCCGCCCCACCCCCUAUAUCCUAUCCCCCACCUCCUCUGGGAGUGUCUAAUUACUGUCUGUGCUGGCCCAGCUACUGUGCCUCUCCCCUCACAUCCCUACAUACCAUUUAUGUCACUGCUGGGGGAGGAUUAAAGGGGAAUUUUGAGUGACAGCUCUGAGCUAUUUGGGCUGCUAACAUCUUAGAUGGCGGCACCCAGCAGCAGCUCUGUACUAUGUCUGCAGUCUCUGAUCAUCUCCUGUACUAUGUCUGCAGUCUCUGACCAUCUCCUGUACUAUGUCUGC